AUGCGACCACUUGACGCCCGAAUCGCCAUUUCAAUCCUACAAUUACUUCUACUACUACUGGUUGUGAUUGUGGGAGCGGACCCAACACCAAAAGUUGUUCAAAAAAAUGGCACUAAGAGGUCAUUGUCGUCGCCAUGGCUGAGGAGGGUGAUCAACCCAAGAGCCGCAGGGUGCUGGAACAGGCCAUGGAUAUGCAAUGAAGGGCAGUUCCCACCAAGAAUCAAGAAGCUGUGCUGUAGAAACCAGUGUGUGGAUGUCACCUCCGAUGUUUACAAUUGUGGCUUGUGUGGGAUCAGGUGUCCAUUUACUUGGCAAUGCUGCCGAGGCAUCUGCAUUAAUACUAAUAUAAAUCCAUUUCAUUGUGGCAAGUGUGAGCACAAAUGCCCCUUUGGGAGCUUCUGUGUAUAUGGAAUGUGUGGAUAUGCUCAGCCACUGCCCCCAUUUCCUUUUCCUCCUAAACCACCAAAGCCCCCGUUCCCCCCUAAGCCAUUCCCACCUAAGCCCUUCCCUCCUCAUCCUCCGAAGGGUGUGCAGGCGCCUACAAUGGCUUGA